GGGUUGGAGAAUAUGUGUCCACUGUAACUUUUAGGCCAUAUGUUUGCCCUUCGCUAAUAUUCUGAAAGUUUUAACCGGAAGUUCUGUCUGUAUGUAUCAGCUAGCUUGUCGGUAUACGCAGUGUUGCUGUGGUUCCGUUGGGUCGAGGCAGAGCUGUCAUAUCUACUAGCUAACGCACUAGCCGCUGUUCUGACAUGUCAAGAGCAACCUGUCCCCUCACAACAUAGGGCUGCUAACGAGUUCAUUUCUUCACGUAUCCACCUCUGGGUAGGGUCAGAGGAUAGAAACCUGGGCGGAGAGCAGAAGAGUGAGAUGAAAUGACAACGUCAACAUUACAGAAAGCGAUUGAUCUUGUUACCAAAGCCACAGAGGAAGACAAGGCAAAGAAUUAUGAAGAGGCCUUGCGCCUGUACCAGCAUGCUGUGGAAUAUUUCCUACAUGCCAUCAAAUAUGAGGCCCACAGCGACAAGGCAAAGGAGAGUAUACGAGCAAAGUGCAUGCAGUACCUGGACCGAGCGGAGAAACUUAAGGACUAUCUGAAAAAUAAAGACAAACAGGGCAAAAAGCCCGUCAAGGAGGCACAGAGCAAUGACAAGAGUGAUAGUGACAGCGAGGGUGAAAAUCCAGAGAAGAAGAAACUGCAGGAGCAACUUAUGGGUGCUAUUGUAAUGGAGAAACCCAAUGUCAGGUGGAAUGAUGUGGCUGGACUAGAGGGAGCUAAGGAAGCUCUGAAGGAAGCCGUCAUCCUGCCCAUCAAGUUCCCCCACCUCUUCACAGGCAAGAGGACUCCGUGGAGAGGCAUUCUGCUGUUCGGUCCCCCAGGCACGGGAAAGUCGUAUCUGGCUAAGGCCGUAGCCACCGAGGCCAACAACUCCACUUUCUUCUCUGUCUCCUCCUCAGACCUAAUGUCCAAGUGGCUGGGAGAGAGUGAGAAGCUGGUGAAGAACUUGUUUGACCUGGCUCGCCAGCACAAACCCUCGAUCAUCUUCAUCGACGAGGUGGACUCGCUGUGUGGCUCCAGGAACGAGAACGAGAGUGAGGCUGCCCGCCGCAUCAAGACAGAGUUCUUGGUCCAGAUGCAGGGUGUGGGAAACAACAACGAUGGUAUCUUGGUGCUCGGGGCCACCAACAUCCCAUGGGUGCUAGACGCUGCCAUCCGCAGAAGAUUUGAGAAGCGUAUCUACAUCCCUCUGCCGGAGGAGCCAGCUCGGACUCAGAUGUUUCGUCUUCAUCUGGGCAACACGCCACACAGCCUGAGCGAGGCCGACCUGCGGCAGCUCUCCCGCAAAACAGACGGCUACUCCGGCGCAGACAUCAGCAUCAUUGUCCGGGACGCUCUCAUGCAGCCUGUUCGGAAGGUCCAGUCUGCCACGCACUUCAAAAAGGUUCGCGGCCCAUCCCGAAGCAACAACCAGGUGAUGGUGGACGACCUCUUGACUCCUUGUUCCCCCGGUGACCCUGCAGCCAUAGAGCUGACCUGGAUGGAUGUGCCUAGUGAUAAGCUACUAGAGCCCAUAGUUUGCAUGUCGGACAUGCUGCGCUCUCUGUCCACCACCCGUCCCACAGUCAACACUGAAGAUCUGCUGAAGGUCAAGAAGUUCACAGAGGACUUUGGGAUGGAGGGCUGAGAGACAGAGCCCCACCUCUCCCCAGGGCCACCAGAAGGGUCAAACUGCUCCCAUUAACCCCCCACCCCCUUUACCAUCCUGUAGGCUUUCAUCUCUCUGCUAAGUGCUUGGUUCACUGCCUCUCACAGAUUUCAAAAUACAAUGACUGGUCUGUUCCAACAGAGAGAGAAAUGUCGUAUUUCUUACUUCUCAUCAUCCAGGCCAGUGUUUUUGAAUCCUUAGAGGAAGUUGACCAAAUGCUGCAAUAGAAAACCUUGGUGUGAUUUGGUAGUUGGACAAUAGAGCCCACGUCUGUCCCCUCCCAUUUCAGACACAGCUACAGCGUAAUCACUACAAGAACUUCUCAUCUAACCUGCAUCGAUGCGAGGAAAGCCGCAUUUGAAUCUAAACGCGUAGAGUCUGCCCCCCCUCGGAGCAGAUUCUAUCUGACUGAAGGACUGUACAUUUUGUUGCCAUUGUGCACUUUGCUUUGGAUCGCAAUGAAGGACAGCGACGUCUGAAGAAGAAACAAAAGAAGAAGAUAGCUCUCCUGCCAGGCAUGCAAGUGUGUGAAUGCAUCUCAGUGUUUUUAUUGAACUUGUGUCUUAAUGUGUUUGUCUAUAUGUCGAGAGCCCUGUUAUGUUGUUAUUUAAUGGAAGGGUUGAAUGAAUCGAUCCGGCCUGUACCUCAGCGCUAGCAGUGUGAGCGAGGCAUUCAUGUUCAACAUUUACAAUACGAGAGACGUGCUUGAUUGAGUUUUUUAAAAAUCCUCUAGUUGCUCUGUAACAACCACAGUGUUCAUUUAGUAGCUGCUCUGGAGCUUUCGGUACAUGUUCUUUCUCAGUAGAUGGAGUGAGCCCACUUGUGGUAUUGAUUACAUUUUUUUUUCUGUUAGGACUUCUCAUCCAUGUUGGCUUAAAAGCUAAGGUUCAAAGUUUGUAUUUAGUAACUGUUCUGGAGCUUUUGAUUAUAUCACACGAUGUUCAUAAGUGGGCUUUUAAGCCAGCAUGGAUGAGAAGUCCUAAGAUGUUCAGGAAAAAAAGAGAAAUCUACAAUUCCAUAGCAAACUCUUGAUCACUCUCACUGUGUUGAUGUAGAUCGUGCAACAUGAACAAAAGUUCCACAACAACUACUGAAUAGACCUAGUGGUGAGAUUGUGCUCAUCCGACGUUUCCAAUGUCAGGAAUGAACUUUGAAUUUUAAAUCGGCUCAAAUGAGAGCACUGAGCCGGACUGUCAGGACUUUUUGUUGGAUUUGAUUUUAUUGAUGUUUGUGUUGCAGUCUGUUCAGCGUUGAACCUCAGUUCUCAGCUCAAUCAAGCGCAUCUCUUUCAAUCUGAACAUUUAGAUUUUGUUUAGUUUGCCCUGGCAUACAUUGUUCCGCAGUGUCACAGAACACUAUUUAUACCACAUGUGUGAUCACAUGUAACUUGACUGACUAAUAGAGAUACAGUAUGUUUACACUUGAAGUGUUUCCUUUGUUGAUGUUUCAUGACGGAGCUCCAGUCAAAGUCCUGUGUUUUUUCUUUUGGGAGGCAAAUAUACACACCAAGUUUUAAUGUGAGACAGACACAACCAUCCAUUUCUUCCUCAAGCUCAUAAAGCGUUUGUCCUGUUGUCAGUGAGCUGACGGUGAGGAGCUGGCCACGCUGGCUCUCAAGAAGCAGGGUCAGACAGUUUUAAAUGGUCUUUUAAAUCAAACUGCUAUUGGAUGUUUGUUCUGUACCAGCUCUCUGACCUCUCACUAUCAGGACAACAGGCUUGUCUGGCGAACUCGGUGAUGGGACUUCUUGUGAUAGCUCAGUGCUGUGUGUUUGUGGAGGUACACAGUGGUCCAGUGGAAGGUCAAGUGAUUAACGUCCCUGUAAGGGAACUUAACCUGCCGCUGGCCAUGUAACCAUUACUACUAAUUUAUCCUGCAUUAAUAAAAACUGACAUUUCAAAUGAAAAAAA